UAUUAUUAUCGCCAGCUAUCUAACAUCUGAUUUUUGUUUUGUGGUCUGUCUGUUCUUCUGCGAUUUGUGUGAAACCGUAAAUCAGUUCGGAAACGAUGCAGUUCAGGAUUAUUAUUCAUUAACUGUUUUCGUAAUGGGUGACAAUCCUCCAGUGAACGCGGUGCCAGCGAGGGAAACUCCUUCAGGACCAGAUGCACUCAGGACCACGGGGCGGUUUCCUCUGGCUCUGAGUCAGCUGGGCAGGGUCCACAGGACAAUCAUGUCCCGCCCAGACAUAUUCAACAGUGUCUUCAAUGACCUUCGAGCGGAGCCAAGACAAAUCACAAAUGGUCCAAACAGUCCGAGGGACCCUCCCGGCGAGGAGAACGGCAUGUCUGUGUCCAUAGACAUGGGCCGUGCAGACGAGGAUGCAGCGGGGGCCGACGGCCCCACUAGACUCAACCCUGAGACCAUCGCGUUGAUGGCCAUGAUGCAGAGAUAUCUCCCUUUUGUUUUAAUCCUCCUUGCCAAAUUACUCAUCGACCAUGGAAUUGGCAUCUUAGUGGGUUUGGCCCUUCUGCUCACAUUUUCUCAUGCCAACAGCAGAUUAAAAAGGGAGAUUGGUCUGCAAGCGAGAAGCAGCAUGUCGGGCCUGGUUUUUCUUAUUAUUCACAUUCUGUUCUGCAUUCUGCUCUUUUACCUGGUCUUCGCUGAUGAAAGCCUUUACUCUGGCCUGUGGCUAGCCCCUACAUUCCUGCCAACGCUGCAGAAUUCGUUUCCGAACUUGCUUUGGGUCGUCUUGGUCACAGACUCAGUGCUCAAACUCAUCACAGUGGAAUGCAAAGCGAUUGUCGCAGUUCUGCCUGCAACCACUCUCCCUUAUGCUAAAAGGGGGAAAGUGUUCCUUGCAAUUGAGGCAACCUCUCAAUUGUACCGAGCAAUAUUGCCUGUGCAACCUUGGCUCUACUACCUAGUAAACUCGUAUGAGGGAGCCUACAGAGUGCUGGGCUUCACUUUGGCAUCAGUCUACGUCCUUUGCAAGUUUUGGGAGCUGCUUGCGCGGUUCAAGAUGUGGCACUUGUCCUGCUCACAACUCUUCAAACACUCGCCCCUAGGUGAAGCCCCGACAGAGCAGCAGUUGGCUGCUGCUGGCAACAUGUGCACCAUCUGCCACGAUGAGUUUUCAGACCCAGUGGCCUUGCAGGUGUGUGGCCACGUCUUCUGCGAAUCGUGUCUUACCACCUGGUGCGAUCGGGAGCAAAGCUGUCCCUUGUGCCGUGCCAAGGUUGGCACUGACCCCGCGUGGCGAGACGGAAGCACCUCGUUUUUCCUGCAACUCUUUUAGCCUUUACAGUGGCCUCAAAUAAAUCUAAAAUUUAGUUUCCCUCACAUUUCUUUAACAGCAAAAGAUUUUUAAAUAUUUAAUUUCGGUGGACAUGUUAAAUAUUUCCAAUUUUAUCCGCACUAGUCUUUCUUUUAAUUCAUAUAAUUGCUGCUUACAUACAAUUCCGCGAUCAUCCAUUUUGUGCGGCCUUGAAAAGGCAAAUUUCAUGCUCAUGUUCUUUACUAAAGAUGAUAUAUUUAUAUCAAAGACUGUGAGGCCUAAAGUUAAUAAUGACAUCAGCGUAGAACUAUUUGAGUGAAUCAAGACUGUUGCAUCAGAGCCAGAGAAAAUGUGAUAAAGUUCGUCCCGUAUACUGCCCAGAAUCCCGUGGAAAUGUCGUGUCAUGACUGAGUGAAUUGCGUUGCGAAGUGGAAUGCCGGGAGUCGGGAUUUUUCGUAUGUUGCAGUGACAUAAUAAUUAAGACAAUUAUUGUAUUCUUAUAACAAAUGUCAAGUUUUAAUUAAAUUAUAUGCUAUUGAAAUGGCACGCAAUAAAAUGAAGCCCAAACGCUUUUCGUCAAAGCUGGAGGGCUUUUUUCAUA